CAGAAAUUUUGGAUUUCUUGGGAAACCUUCACAAUGUUGAAAUGAGCCUUCGCUCCUUAAAGAGCAAAUUAAAAAAAUUAUCACUCUUUAGACAAAGAAGUUACACACCGCCUCACUUGGUACAUGCUGCUAUUGAAGAGGAGCUAAAGGGACCAGGCCAGCAUUAUGGCUAUCGCUUGAUGUGGCAGACACUCCGACAGAAGUAUUGUCUGACUGUCAGAAGAGACGAUGUCAUGGCAUUGAUGGCAGAACUUGACCCCUCAGGAGUACAACUGCGUGCAAGACCAAGAUUUAUAAGAAAAGUUUAUAGUUCUUGUGGCCCAAACUAUGUCUGGCAUGCAGAUGGCUAUGACAAACUAAAGCCCUAUGGCUUGGCAAUAAGUGGUUGCAUAGAUGGGUAUUCUCGGAAGGUGCUAUGGUUAGUGUGUCAAGCCAGCAAUAAUGAUCCUGGAGUCAUUGCUCAAAACUAUGUGCAAUGUGUCUCAGAAUUUGGGAAGAUACCAAUGCGCCUCCUGUGGCACUGAAAAUGGAACAAUGGUGGCAAUGCAUUGUACAUUAAGGUCAUCACACACUGAUGAUUUUGCUGGGGCUGCCAGCCAUAUGUAUGGCUCCUCAACAGCCAACCAACGCAUUGAAAGCUGGUGGUCAUAUUUCAGAAAACAAAGAUCUCAGUUCUGGAUGGAUCUCAUGAACGAUUUGAAGGAAAGACAUCUCUUCAAUGGAAGUCAUGAGCACACAUGCCUUGUGCGGUUUGUCUUCAUGGAUAUGCUACAGAGAGAUCUUGAUGAAUGCAAGGACAGGUGGAAUAAACAUACCAUAAGACCUGUUAAACAAUCUUGCUGUCCAUCUGGUAAACCAGAUGUGAUGUAUCAUCUACCUCACAGGUUUGGUGGAACAGACUGUGGUUUCCCAGUCUCCCAGGAGCAAUUGGGACAGUUUGUGACAGAGACUAACAACAUUCAAUGUGGAGAUGAACACCUUCAGGCACAUUUUGAGAACCUCCAGAGACAGUGUGGCCUAGCACAUCCACUGAGUUGGGAAUCAUGUGUCAAAAACUAUAUCCAACUGAAAAACAUGGUGGACUUAUAAACAAACAAGAAUCCAAAUUUGAAGGUCGCACACAAACACUAAACAGUGUCAUAACUGAACAGGUUUGACAAGUUAAAUAGUUAGCAUUUUGUUUUGUUAUGCAUUUGACCUUAAUAAAGCCCAAACCCAGGGGAGUUUUGAAUCCCAAAGUCCAUGUCUUCUUUAAACUGAUGAUACGUCUUGGACAUUGGUAUUUUGAUAGUGUUGGAGCAGGUGCUACUGACAGGAAAACGAGAAGUG